CGUUCAUUUCCCGCUAUUUCAAACCCUAACCAUCUCCUCUUCAUCGCUGUCAGCCUGUCACAAAUCCUCUCUGUCUCCGGUGACCGUCUCCGGUGUCUCUAAGUCUCGGCGAACGUAUCUCCGGCUUCAUCAGACAUCAGUGCAUCGACAGCUUCAUCAGUUCUCAAAUACUGACUUGUUCGUCUUUGACGGGCGACGACUUCAUCAGUUCUUCCGUCUUCAACUCUCUGUUCUGUCUUUGACGCUCUGUUCCAUCUUCAACGAUCCGUUUCCGGCUUCAUGCUUUAGAAUCUUGCUGAGCAGCUUAAGUAUGGAGUGACAGACCUCAAUUGCAUGGUGGAUUUAGCAAGCAAACAUGACAAAAGAGGGAAUCGAGAAUGGAGGGGAAGAAAUGUUGAUCAACGCUUUAAAUCAAGAAGCCAUAAUUCCUGAAGGCUUCAAUGCUAACUAUCUCAAAGUCUAUUAUGGAAGGCUUUUUCCUCAUGCUGAUAUCUUCAAGUGGAUGUCUUAUGGAAAUGAUGGGAAGCAUCCUGGCUGCGACAACUCUUACUUUGGCCGCAGAGAAUUUUCUUUCACUCUGGACAAUGAUAUUUAUCUGCGAUUCCAGUCUUUCAACAGUGCUCCUGAGCUGGAAAUUGCCAUCAAAGAAAAGUGUCCAUUUAAAAUAGAUAUCGGGCCUGUCUACAGUGUAGAUCCCGCCAAGAGGCAUGCCUAUGCACAAGGUGGUGAAAAUAAUGUUUUUUCUCCAGUGGAAAGGGAGCUUAUUUUUGACAUUGAUAUAACUGAUUACGAUGAUGUUAGAUAUUGCUGCUCAGGUGCUGAUGUAUGCUUGCAGUGCUGGCCUCUAAUGACUGCUGCUAUUAAAGUGAUUGAUACUGCCCUCCGAGAUGAUUUUGGUUUUAGUCAUAUUCUUUGGGUGUACAGUGGCCGCCGAGGUGUUCAUUGUUGGGUUUGUGAUGGAAAAGCAAGAAGGUUGACAAAUGAGCAGAGAGGAGCUAUUGCUGACUAUUUUCGUUUAUACAAGGGCAAUGAAAAUAGUAAUAAGAAGGUUUCUCUGCCAGGUCCAGCACUUCAUCCUUUCAUAUCGAGAUCAUAUACUGACGUUUUAAGGGAAUUCUUUGAGGAGAAACUGCUUUCAAGUCAACAAAUAUUUUCAACUGAGGAGAGAUAUGAGAAGAUUCUAAGCAUGAUUCCUGAUGAAUCUGUUGCUUCUGAACUUCGAGGGAAGUGGGAGGAGAAUAGGCGAUUGUCCAAUGACAUCAAUGUUUCUCGGUGGGAGCAACUAAAGCAUAUGCUGCAAUCAGGAAAGAAUAAGGCACCAGGGCUGCGCAGAUGCGUUGAAGAAAUUGUGUUUACCUUUACCUACCCUAGGCUUGAUAUGGAGGUGUCAAAACACAUGAACCAUUUAUUGAAAGCUCCAUUUUGUGUACAUCCAAAAACAGGCCGUGUCUGUAUUCCUAUUGACCCAAAAAGUUGUGAUGAAUUUGAUCCUACUGCAGUACCAACACUGUCUGAGCUUCUACAAGAACUUAACGCAGGAUCUUUAAGAAAUGAUGCUGAGAAUGAAUGGGAGAAAACCACCCUUGGGAAGUCAAUCAUGUUUUUCAGAUCAUCAUUCUUGCAGCCUCUGAUAAAAUCUUGCAAGGAGGAGAUUGAAAGAUCCUACAAUGCUAAGCUAAAGCAAACAAAGAAUUCAUUGAGUUGGUAGUACCGUCAAAUUAUUGCACCUCCAUUUAUCUGCUCGAUAAAGGUCCUCUAACAAUACCCUUACCAUCUAUUGUACUUUUAAGCCAUUAUGGUCACAACAGAGCUCAACAACUAUUCGUAAAUUUCAGCUAUGUAUAUGUUGUUUGAUACUCAAAUCUGGGUUUUGUGCUCUGUGAUAUCCUACUUUCAUCAAUGAUCAUCUUGAUAUCUUAAACUUCCGGUAUUUUAUUUUCA